UAUAAAAACCGAAACCUGUGUGUAUACCAGCACAUUCCUACUGAGGUCUCGUCUCUGAAGUCACUAGUCACUUAACACAAUGGCAUUCAAGUUGGCAGUUCUUGUCUGUGCCUUUGCCACCGUCCAGGCUGGAGUGGUCGCUCCUCUGUCUUACACAGCCCACCCAGCCCCAGUAGCCUAUGCUGCAGCUCCAGCGCAACUUCUCCACGCAGCCCCAGUCGCUAAAGUCGUUGAAGAAUACGACGCGCACCCACAAUACAGCUUUGCCUACGAUGUUCAAGACGGUUUGACCGGUGACUCCAAGAGCCAACACGAGACUCGUGAUGGUGAUGUUGUACAAGGAUCUUACUCCGUUGUUGACCCCGAUGGCACCAAGCGCACCGUUGAAUACACAGCUGACCCUCACAACGGAUUCAACGCUGUUGUUCACAAGGAACCCCUUGGUGUGAAAGCUGUUGCUCCAGUCGCUAAGGUUGCCCCAUUAGCGUAUGCAGCUGCCCCAGUAGUCCAUGGCGCGCAAUAUGUACACGCUGCUCCCGUCGUUCACGCCGCCCCACUUGCCUACUCAGCUCCUAUCUACCACCACUAAUUUAACUAGUCAAGCAGAAGUACGACCCAUAAGUAUUAAUUUAUUUUACAAUUAAAAUAAAAUAAAUGUGUUAAAAAUUA